AUGACGCCCAUUGAGAGAGCUGAAGAGGAGGUGCCCAAAGCACGGAAUGAUCAAAAUGCUAGAGAGGAGGUGCUGGAGGCACCGAAUGAUCGAAAUAAUGAAGAAGAAGUACUUGAAGCACCAAACGGUCAAAGUGAUGGCGAAAGAGUGUUCGGAGCAGAUGUUCAAAGCGAGCUAGUCGACCGCAGAUGGCCGACAUUGGCAAACAUAUGCGAGCUUGAAACGCUAGUGCCAGUACAGGUCGCAGGUCGCCUUAUAAGAGUCGAGCUCAUGCAACGAUUCAGCUGCCCGUCGCCUGUCCCACAGACCCAAGCUAUCGAUGAGUUCAUCAGUACUCAGCGCAUUGUCGACGUGGAUGAAAAAGAGUCUAAGGCAAGCUCACCAGCUAGUGAUUUCUCCGAGGAACUUAACGUUACUCCACCACCCACAAAUACAACUCUUCUAAAUGAUGGCAUUUCUGAAGAGAAGAUUGGUGUUCCUAGAGCAUAUGCUGCUUCCUGA